AUGGCAAAACUCACUGAUGAUGCCGACUACGAUGCCACCGAAACGUCUGAGAAUGUACCACGUCCAUGGUCCGACUUUGAAAAUGAUUAUGUAUACAAUGGACUCCGGACAAAAAUGGGUUGUCGUGAGUCUCAGCAACUGACAAUGGACUUGGUACAUUCUCAAACGUUUCGCCGGCAUCGUAGUCGGCAUCAUCAGUGCGUUUUGCCAUUCUCCGCACCAAGUUACGAACUCGCCAAAGCAAUAAGUGAAGCCCCUCCUUCGACAAAUGAUCUACCGAAAACGGUUACGCUAUCACUCCUCUUUCUGUCCUGGUCUAUCUAUCUACUCUUUACCCUCUUCUCCCACUGCCGCCCUAUAACAACUUCCCACUUGUUUACAUUCUACUCGUCGAUAUGUGUGCCCUUUUGUGGAAAAUCAAGUGCGGCCUCAUCACAUCUCCUACUUACCCCGACCCUUCUCUGUCGAUCGGCUUAUCCGACUCUAGCCUCCAUUCCGGAUCCCCUCAUUGUCUCGUAG